AUCUAAACGCCAUGUGGCGGCUAUGACUUACACCAUGUUACAUCCCAGGAUCCAAAACAAGUACAACAACCUUAUGUUCAAACGAGGACCUUUUUAAAAAAAAAUAUUAAUUGUAAAAUCUGUUUGUCCUUUUUCUGUUAUUGCUCUGCAUUUCUCUUAGAAAAUAUUCACAUAUAUACACACACACACCGUAUACACUCUUGACUCUGCUCUUUGUAUGUGUCUGAGGGAGAGACCAGCUAGUCAUUAUAUAACUGAAGUAUGUUGUAUUUUUAAAAGAAGUUGUAUGACAUAUUCUUGAUAUAUACAAGAGCUGAAAAUUCCACCACUCUGUUGUUUUCUCCCCAGGUAGGAAAUCUUAUGACUGUCAAAUAGAAUAGAAUUAAGUUUCAGCUGCACUAUGUUUCUUUACUUCCAAUUAAAUCUGAAGUACUAGACACCAGUAGCAGUAGCAUUUAUCAUGUUUCGUCGCAAGAGCCAUUCCCAUUGUGAUCAGGAGGGUGAGGAUCAACAGCACAAGGUUAAGGAGCUUCGGACUUCCUUGGAGCCACUAUCAGGGCGCAGCUUACAGUACUGCAGUGAUGCAUGUUUAAGGAGAUAUUUGGAAGCGCGAAACUGGAAUAUGGAUAAAUCAAAGAAGAUGUUGGAAGAGUCCCUAAAAUGGAGGUCAACUUUUAAGCCUGAGGAAAUCCACUGGAAUGAAGUUGCAAUUGAAGGUGAGACAGGGAAAGCUUUCAGAGCAAAUUUCCAUGACCGCGAUGGGAGGAGUGUUCUCAUCUUGAGACCAGGAAUGCAGAAUACAACAUCAAUAGACAACCAGAUGAAGCAUUUAGUGUAUCUGAUAGAGAAUGCCAUUCUUAAUCUUCCACAAGGUCAAGAGCAAAUGGCUUGGUUAAUAGACUUCACAGGAUGGUCUUUAACCAAUAAUGUUCCCAUCAAAUCUGCUCGUGAGACGGUCAAUAUUUUGCAAAACCACUACCCUGAAAGACUUGCUAUAGCAUUUCUCUACAACCCUCCGCGAAUUUUCGAAGCAUUUUGGAAGAUAGUCAAAUAUUUUCUGGAUAGCAAAACAUUUCAGAAGGUCAAAUUUGUUUAUCCAAAGAACAAGGAUAGUGUGGAACUGAUGAAAUCAUACUUUGACAUGGAUAAUUUACCAACUGAGUUUGGAGGAAAAGCAACUUUAAACUAUGAUCAUGAGGAGUUCUCAAGGAAAAUGGUUCAAGAUGAUAUGAAAGCUGCCAAGUUUUGGAGUCUUGACAAGCUCCACCCUGAAACUAAUGGCUACUAUGCAGCAGAGGUUGCUGCAAAUCCUGAAUGUAUUGCUCCACCAGCCAUAGCUACUUAGAUGCUUUGCUAGAGUACCAGCUUAUUGUUCUGUUGCUUAACUUGAGUUAAAUAUAUGACAAGAAAUGUAACAUCUUAAAAAAUGCACUUCCAGAUUAUGCAAUAAAAGUUAGGUGAUUUUGUUCCCAUU